UGUUUACUGUUAUUACUCGCGUGACAGUCCAGCUGCUUUUUUCUGGAGUAUUUAUUUGAUUUGAUUAUUAUUCUUUAAUAUGUUUCCGGACAUAAAAGACUUGUGUCCAUUUGUGGAAGACCGUUUUUGUCGUUUCCCCUCGCAAAGCAACAUAUACGGACUAUGCCAAGCAGGCGAGCAGGAGUUGCUAGCAGCAACACUAAAGGGUAAAGUAGUGUGCUUCAGAUAUCAGGACCUGCAGAAGAAGAUUACACCUGUGGCCAAAGAGAUUCAGUUCACAUACAUACCAGUUGAUGCCGAGAUUGUCUCCAUUGACGCAUUUAACAAAUCGGCGCCGAAAAGAGGACUGGUCGUAGGAAUCACCUUCAUUAAGGACUCAGGAGAUAAAGCAACUCCAUUCCUAAACAUUUACUGUGAUUAUGAACCGGGGUCAGAGUUUAACCUGGAGUCUAUAGCACAAAGCUGUCUAAACCUGGAGCUCCAGUUCACUCCUUUCCAGCUUUUUCACACUGAGGUGCACUGUCCAGAUGGAUCCAGUGAGACUGUUUUUCUCCUCAGUGGGCAUGAUCAACACAUACAUCUUUACAAAGAGAAUGCAUCUUUGCACCAGUUUGAGGAACAACCAGUAGAAAGGCUCUUUCCUGAACUGCAGGACCUACCAAGCAAUGUGUUAUGGUUAGAUGUCCUUAGCAUUGAUGAAAAUCGUCGCCUCACUGCAUUUGGAUGCCAGAAUGGUUCUGUGGGACUUUCACUUGUCAACCAGAAGGGACCUGAGAUUCUCCAGAACUGGCGGGUUCAGCAUGACAGUCCGAUCUCCACCGUGUUACUGUUCCCUUUGCAAGAACAGCACAGCAACACUGACACAAACAGUAGUCAACGGGAAGCAUUCAAUCUCUUGGUAACCAGUGCGAUAGAGAUGGCAGUUGUUUACAGGGAUGUGGAGCAGUAUGGACUGAGCAGACAGCUAUGUUUACCAGAAAGUGACCAGUGCGAUGCAGUUCUCUGUGCUCUGGUUGUGGAUUUAGACUUUGACGGACAACAUGAGUUAUUGCUGGGAACAUAUGGACAGGAUCUACUCUGUUACAAAUUUCUCCAACCAAUGGGAGCUGCUCAAGGACAGUUACAGUUGCUGUGGAGACGGAGUUUUAAAAGCCCCAUCCUGUCACUGAAUUAUCUUGACCUGACAGGGGAUGGACUGAGAGAGUUAGCUGUUCUUACCUUAAAAGGACUGCAUAUACUGCAGCAUAGUCUGAGCACAACAGCUGAUCUUGUUCUUCAACGACUGGCCAGUUUAGCAUCAAGACUGCCUAUUACCUCAACAGAACAGCCAAUCAAAAACCAAGAUACUGAACAGGAAGCUAUUUCAAUCAGUAAUGAACACAGCGUAGCAGCAACCUAACACUGACUUGUACUAUUAUUCAGAAGGUGGUUAAGGAGAUAAAUGUGUAAGAAACCUAUCUGUUAUGUGGUUAUACAUACAAAGAAGACUUCUUGAAUGUAAGUUGAGUGGUCUUGCCUGUAAAGUGAAGAAGUUGCUAUUCUUCUGUUUUGAAUGGCCGGAACAAGCAAAGAUUGGUGAUAAUGGCAGACCUGCUCUAGGAGUGGGAAAAGAAAUCAAAUUAAUCCUUGAAUCUAGCACCAACAUCAUGACUAUGAAGUUAAAUAUUCUGGGUUCAAUACAAGUUAAGCUAAAUUGACAGACUUUGUGAAGUAAUGUUGAUUACCACAGAAAUAUUUUGACUUACCAUUUAUUUUCUUUAUAAAAAGCAAAAAUCUGGGUUCCAGUGAGGCACAUUCAAUGGAAGUGUAUGGGGGCCAAUCCGUAAACGUUAAAAUACGAACAAUUUCAAUAUUUUAGCCACAAGACAUAAACAAUAUAUGUGUUAACAUGAUUUUUGUGAAAUCAAAUCACUUAGUCACCUUUUCUGUGUAAAGUUAAAGCCAAUUUUACAAUGUUGCCAUGACCAUGUAAUGUCAAUAAACCCAAAAAUGACUAAACAUUAUGAUUUAAACUUUACAACUCAAGAAAACUACUGAGUUUUAACAGAAUUCAUUUUUUAUUUUAUUAAGCUUUUAUAAAAUUAUAAGCUUCACAUUUCUGUCUUUAAACCCUAAAAAAAUUGUCCCCAUGGACUUCUAUUGUAAGUGCCUCACUGUAACCAUGAUUUUCAUUAAAAAAAAUGUAAAGAAGAGGGACAAGUCUCUUUUUCCCAAAAACAUUUGUGGUAAUCAACAUUAUGCCACAGAUGCUGUCGAUUGAGCUUAACAUGAUUCUGGCCACACACAGAAAGAAUUGAAUUUGCUGUUGGCAGUUUUUAGUUGGGCUUUAUUCAAUCUUACAUCCUACACACUGUGUAACUAUCCCAAACUGUUCUGUUAAAUAAAGUAAAAAAAAAAAAAAAAUAA